AUGGAAGCAGCUAUGCAACUCGCCGCAUCCAUUGUGACUCUCUGCGCACAAUAUGACUCCAGCAACAAAGACAUCAAGUUGGACAUUGUACGACUCACAAGCCAGAUUCGACAGCUUCGAACUGCUUUGGAGAAAGCCCAAGAGUCCGCAGAAAGUGAUGGUUUCAGCCCAAUCUCUGACAAAAUUACGGACGAGGUCAAAGUCCUGCUGGUCCCUCUGAAGGAUAGACUGAAAAUUGACAAAGACGAACUGAGCAUGACUCCAUUCGGACUUCGGUCAUAUUCCUGGCCACUUGAAAGGAAAGACGUCGAGGACAUCAUCAACCAGGCGGACAAGUCGAAGACCACCAUCCAGAUGGAUUUGCAGACUAUGGCAUUGCAAAGGUUAUCAAUAAACGACAAUAAUCUUAUUGGGGUGCUGGAGAAAGACAACGAGCCAUUGAAAGACGGCGUUACAUUUGAUAAUUGCCUGUCCAUUCUUUCUCGGUCCCUUAAAAAGGAUAUUUGUGAUAUCAGUAGACCUGAUACAUUGGUUGAGGAAGUGGGACGCGACAGGAUAGAAACGGCGGUUCCGCAAGAUCUCCAGUACGCCUGCCAUCACUGGGUCGACCAUUUGCAGAAAGAGAUAGGUGAUGACUCUCUUGAUAAGACUGAGAGGUUUUUAAAGAAGCAUGUUCUGCACUGGUUCGAAGCGAUGAGUCUUCUUGGCUUGACCUCUCCGUGUGUCCUCAUGAUCAAACAAUUGCAAUCGACCGUCUCGACUCAUUACUCUCAUCGCCAAACAUUGUCAACGCUUCUUUAUGAUUGUUGGCGCUUCAUCCUCAGAAACCGUUCCAUUAUCGAGACUACACCGCUGCAAACAUACUCGGCCUUGGUAUUCAGCCCGCAAAACAGUAUUCUCCGGACUACUGAGGCAUUGGUAGACAAUUUUCCAGCCUGGCUCUCCCUUGGGGAAUCAAUUCUGGCAAACUGGGACCCGGCUCUACAAUCACUCCAAGGUCACCGCAGCAGAGUCUCAUCGACAGCAUUCUCCCCGGACGGCAAAUGGAUUGCUUCUAGCUCCUACGAUUAUACCGUCAGGAUAUGGAAUUCCAGCACGGGUGUUCUCUACAGAGUCCUUGACGGCCCUACAUAUUUAUUCGGCGAGGUCGCAUUUCUCAAUAACCAUCGGGUCGCUUGCAAGAGCCUCAUUACUUAUGAAUAUUGGACAUGGGACCUUGAGACCGGCAAGUCACAAGAUCCGCAGCUCAGCGCAGAGGAGGAGGCCAUGCUCGAAAGAAAUUCCCUGGUAAUUUCUCAAGAUGGGAAUCUCUAUCUUGAGGACAUUGGAAGCCAUGUCCGAUUUAUCGAUAAAGUGGAUGGAUGCUUGGAUGGGCUUUACCUGAAGGAUGCACACUCCGGAGCAAUCCUCAGUACCCUCCUACACGGUGGUGAUAUUAAAGGUGCAUUUUCACCGGACGACAAGCUGAUUGUGUCUGAUGGGUCGCAUUAUACGGUUCGAUUGUGGGAUACAAAGGUUCCAAACUCGGAAAGGACAUAUGAAUCGCACUCGGAUCGUGUCUUUCACAUCGCUUCUUCUGCAAGCAGUGAACUGGUUGCAUCUGCCUCGAAAGACAAGACCGUCCGGUUGUGGGAUCCAAUGAAGAGAAAUACCCAGCAUGUUCUGAAAGAUAAAAGGAUGCAGGCAGCCUGGAUAGUCGAGUUCUCACCGGAUGGGAAAUUAAUUGCCACCGGAUCAGAAGAUUCAACCGUCCGCCUGUGGGACACAGCGACUGGCAGUCUCGUCCGAAGCUUCAACGGCCAUUCCAGGGGUAUUUGGGCACUGACAUUUUCUGAAGACGGGUCUCAGCUUGCAUCUGCAUCGAUUGACAACACUGUGAUUGUAUGGAAUGCUGCGACUGGUGACAAGAUUGAACAGUUUCAAACUGAGGUUGUAAAGGAUGAUGCCCAUGGAAACCCGAACAUAACGUACAAUGAGGAUUUUGAUGCAGUACACCAGCCCGGAGUCCUGUUCAACGGAACAACCAGCUAUGCUAUCUGCCAUCAUCAACGGUUAAGACUUAUGAACAGAAAAGACUGGAAGUCGUCCAAGAUGAUACAGUUCACCGGUCCCGUUGUUUGGUCCAGGAUCUCUCAUGAGCAGAAGUCUGUAUAUUCCAAACAGGGUGUUUUGCAGUAUCAGGCUGCAUCCCCUGGUGCUUCAUCCUGCAUCUCCCCGUCGGACCUCAAGUUAGAUGAUGGUUGGGUGUCGUGGAAAGCUACAAGGCUAUUGAAGCUACCAGAGGGAAAUGUUCCAAGUACCAUUGCUGGAAAAGGCAAUGUUCUGGUGCUGGGCUAUGAAGAUGGAGAAGUCAGAUUCAUUACGAUCAAGCCAGAGGAAAUCCACUAG